GUAUAUAACGAAACCGACCCUGCUAUUGCAAAAUCCAGGCGGUCUUUGCUUUUCGUUGUCCUCUAGCGAGAGAGAGAGAGAGAGAGAGAGAGAGAGAGCAUCUCCGAUUCCAGUCCCCAAUUAGGUAAAACAUAUCUCCAAUCGACCAAUCGGAGGAGGAUCAACGAUCUGAGAUUGAAUCGAUUUCGUUCUGCUUACUUGUCAAACAGUGAAUUCCUGUAAACAGCCUAAGCAAACUUGGCUCUUUUCCAAUGGUCAAGGGAGUGACUCCUAGCCUCUUUGUUAAUGAUGGUUCAUUCAUGGAAAGGUUCAGACAACUUCAACAAGAGAAGGAUAAAGAUAAAGGUUCCACAACAGACGAGUCUAGACCAAGUAAAGUUGUUCCAGGGACUUUGACUCCUACCACCACCGGUAAAACCAGUGCUGAACUGAAGGCUAAUGAUGCACGCAAGGUUGCCACUGCUUCAGGUAGCAAACUUGCUUUCAGCUUGAAACAGAAGUCAAAGAUUGUCGCACCACCUGUUAAGUUAGGUGCGGAUGAGGAUGAAGAUGAAGCAGAUGCUGCAGAUGUUGCAGCUGGUGCACCAACUAAACGGCAAAAGUUGGGUCAGCCAGAUGCCGUAGAGGAAUCAUACAGACAAGUGGAUGUUGCACCACCUUUCCCAACUGAUUCAACAGUGAGGAUAGUUGCUGACAAACUAGCAAGUUUUGUGGCUAAACAUGGAAGGCAAUUUGAGCAUGUUACACGUCAAAAAAAUCCAGGAGAUACUCCUUUCAAAUUUUUAUUUGACGAGAGCUGUUCUGAUUACAAAUAUUACGAGUAUCAGCUUGCUAUUGAAGAGAAAGCACUUCAACAGACCAGGGAUUCACAAACAUCUCGUAAUGGAGGUACUAGCAUGUCAGCUUCCAAAUCCACAAGUAGUUCCCAAAGGUCUACUGUGUAUCAUCCGAACUACCAAACGCCCGCCUCUGCUUUAUAUGAUGACACUGAGGGAAGGACAGGUGAGCUCACUGCACCAACAGGUGCAGAUCCUAUUGCCAUGAUGGAGUACUACGUGAAAAAGGCUGCUCAGGAAGAGAGAAAGAGACAACCUAAACAAUCGAAAGAUGAAAUGCCCCCUCCUGCUUCUCUUCAAGCACCUUCUCUUAAGAAAGGUCAUCACAUGGGGGAUUACAUCCCACAAGAAGAGCUGGAGAAGUUUAUGGUUGCUUGUAACGAUGCAGCUGCACAGAAAGCUGCCAAAGAAGCCGCAGAUAGGGCCAAAAUCCAGGCUGAUAAUGUGGGUCAUAAACUCUUGUCUAAAAUGGGUUGGAAAGAAGGCGAGGGUCUGGGAAGCUCCAGAAGAGGAAUUUCGGAUCCAAUAAUGGCGGGUAAUGUGAAGAAGGACAAUUUGGGGGUUGGUGCUCAACAACCUGGAGAGGUGACUGCUGAAGAUGAUAUAUACGAACAAUAUAAGAAGCGGAUGAUGCUUGGUUACCGAUACAGACCCAAUCCUCUGAACAAUCCGCGAAAGGCAUAUUACUGACUGAUUUGGCUGCAACUCUGUCCCAAAGACAUGUUUGUGAGGUUGGUAGUCAUAACUGCAUUGGACGUUGAACAACUUUAUGAUGGGGUAAAAGGAGAUUUUGGAUACGUAAUUUUGGACACAACAAAUUUGUCACUCUAAGUCCGUUUUGUUAAUUAAUCGAAAACCUUUUGUUUUUA